AUGGUAGCACAGAAAGCUUGGCAUAUUUGUACCUUCCACACUUUGUUGUUCAUUCGAUGGUCAGUGGGCUUUCAUUUCGAGACAAUCCGAGUCGCGCAGGCCGAUCACAUUCUGGCGUACGGCGUGUCCGUACAGAGAACAGUGUCAGUGGUUCGUCUGGUUGAGAGUGGCCCGGCUGGGUUUCACUGCGAGCGGGUGUUCCGUGGAGAGCCCGCAUUGCUGGAUGGAAAUAGAAAGAGUGGAUGGGACGUCAGACGGAUGGAUGGCGGGCCUCUCGCUCCUUCUGAGGCUGUCGAGCGUCGACACAUACGCCAGGAAGUCAACGUGGUCGGACAGGAGAGGAUAGAAUGCCAGACGCUGUUGGAUGAACGUGACGGCGGUACGCGAAUUGCUGACAACUUGGCAAGACAUGAUACGUGA